CAAUUUGGCUUGAUCCAGUCUAAUGCGCAAAACGUUGGGAGUAGAGGGUCUGCCUUGCCUCCACGAUCUGUGCAGUAUUGCUAUUAUUGUUCAAUAGCUAGAUUUACGCACGGUGCUGCUGGUUGAUCCGCGAAAAAACAAAAGAGGGAAUGCGAUUUGUAAAUUUUCUCCAUAUAAAAGUAUACCUCGUCCGGUUCAGGGGAACUAGUUCGCUGUAAUAAUUCAAUCAUGGCAGUCCAACAUUGAUAUACCUAUUCAGUGUGAGAGCGUAAGAAAGUAUCAAGAACAUCUCGUAGAACACGGAGACAUGGCGAAGAAUCAGUGGUUCGGUGUCCACGUGCUGACGAUUGCGGCGGUGGUGGCGUUAGUGUCGGUGACCCGGGCAAGUGACGUUUCAGACUUUCGGGUGUUCGAUUUCGGCGAUGAAGAUACGGAGUUCUUCAGCAGUUCAGCGUACGAAAAGGCGUUCAAUGAUCACGAGUCGUACUUCCCAACGGACUUGAACCUCGGUGCGUUAGACUUGAUUGCUGCAAUCCCGAACUUUGCGAAACUUCCGCCCUACGUUGAUCCUAGUGAAGUGGAAGUGGCUCGUAAGAAGCGUAGGGCUGCUUCAUCCGACGAAGAACAAUCCAGUGAAGAUGAAGACGAAGACGACGGAAAGAGUGAUUCUAGCGGAGGUCCUGACGAUUACGUGGAUCGCUACGAGCGUUUCGUCAGUCGUCACUUCAAAAAUCGCGACGAACAGAGACAGAAGGACGAUGCGAAAGGAGAUGGAGCGAACUACUCGUACCGGUUCGACUAUUCUCCUUCGGAUGACUACGAUCGGAUCAAGCAAGAAUCCGAAGCGCAAAGCCGUCAGCUAGCCAAGGAUCCAAAGAAUUGCAAAGCCUAUGAGCAGGAUGGCAUGUUGUGUCACGUGUGUCGCGAUCCGGACACGGAUACUACCUCUGAGUCUUGUGCCUACGCCACGGUUCCACAUCACAAGAAGUUUGCCUACGUGAAGCAGAAGAAUUACAACAGCAAAGACCACGAUAAGGAAGCGGAUAAGGAUGAGGACUACGACGAAGAGGCUCGAGAAGAUAAUCAAGAGACUGAGGAUGACGAAGAAGAUGUAAUCGAGGUAACGACAAAGCCACCUUCACCGGUGAAACAGCGAACUCGCGUAGAGAACAUAUCCAAUCUGCCACAGAAUCGGAAAGUCAUUCCAACGAAGAAAUCCGUGGUGCACGUGAAACCUGGGCAAGGCGUCAGCAAUGGGGGCGGUUAUCGGUAUCAACCUGUAGACAUGCGCUCAAACAAGCAGAAGCCACAACCUGCGGCCGGAAUUGUCCAUCCCACGUACUACGAUUUCUAUACGCAUUUCUUCCCGUCGAAUUCGGGCGGAUCGGCUGGACGUAGCCAGAAGAUCCAACAGCAGGAACCAUCUAAUAGCGAGGACGUGUACGUGUUGAGCUAUCGGGACAAGGAUCAGGUCGCUAAGGUUUUGGCCGAUUUUGAGUCACGCGAUUGGUCCAACUGCAAAAAAGGUAACAAAAACGAACUAACCUGCUACACGUGCACCGACAAGGAAGGCGUUAAACACGAAGAAUGCAUGUACCUUUCAGAGUCCCGUCAGGUUUCAUCGCAAGUUCAACCACCGGCCACCUCGGCACUACCCCCCACAGUACCCGUACCGCCAACGGGACCCAUGAAACCCAACCGGCGCAAGAAGGUCCAGAAGGAAUCGUCGGAGAAGAAGCCAAUAUCGCCCAAGUUGAGAAAGGUAAGACCCAAAGCGGCGGGUAACAAGUCGGCAAAGUUGCAGCUGGAUGAAGACGACAGCUCGAAGGGACUCGAACGUCAAACGGUGAAGCGAACCGUUUCGAUUAAGGCCCACGUGGAUGGUGACGGAUUGGCUCCGAUGGACGGAGAAAGGGUCGUGCACUACGAACACCACGUCAGUCACCGGCUGUGAGCGGGCGUUGGGUGUGUGUUUAGUUUUGUAGUUGUUAGCAGAUUGUUUAUACUCUUGGAAAUAAACGAAAUCGUCUUUUCUAUGUUUCUACUAA